AUGCCGCCGAAGAUGAACCCAAGCAGCCAAGCAGCGAAGCCACAGGGUGGAAAACAGAAAGGCAAAGGCGAGCAGACGAGUCAGCAGAGUCGCAUCGAGUUUGGACUUCCCCAGACGGUCGUGCAGGCUGUCCAGUCCAUCUCCACGCGUGCUACUCAAGAUCUUUGGUCGACUGCCUCGAUGCCUUUUCUGGAAGGUACAGCAGAACAGAACCUGCAAAAGCGUACCAAUAUGACAAACAAACUCGCCAAGAGAUUGGCGGGGAACUCCAGGGCCAAAUCGGACAUGGCGCUGGCCCUACAGACGUGGUUCGUGCAAAUCGGACAGCAUGCGGCAGGCCUUCUGGCACAAGUUCGAGCCAUAGGGCAACGACUGGAUGCGGAUACAGAGGUGGCGGCAAACGAGAUGAGGGAGAUUCUCGCAGAGCAACCCUCAGAAUCCACUUCGCAGCAGGUGGAACGAACCUUUGUGAGGGACGAUGGCCAAGCUGUCCCGACUGCUGUUGGCUUGUCGUCAGGGCACCUGUUUGGUGCUGGUCUCAUGGAUCAGGGCUCCGAGGCCAGUUUCGGGGGCCCACAUGGCGGUCAAGAGGGAUUUGCCACUCGUGGAAACAUUGGCGUCCCUGCCGGAUUUGCCGGCCUGUUGACGCCCGAGCCUACUGGGCCUACCCUCAUAGCAGGAGAUGGCGGAUGUAUGGGACCAAGACCUCCGGUCACUGUUUCUGCAGAUGCAGGGUUAAGCUCUGGCGGACGAUGGCGCAAAAGAAGCGGUGUCAUUCACGAGCGGCCUUCCAAAAGUCCCCGGAGAGAUGUCAUCACAUCUCCAUGGCACAAAGAAGCUACGGGCCUAACUCCGGAGACCGUCCCUCGCCCCGCACAGACUUUAAUUGCCGAGGGGGAGGUCGAGCUGAGCAGCCCCGCAACCAGGCCCGCAGCAAUGUCGUGGACCCAGGCAUGGCUCUAUAUGCUACGGUUUGCAGUCGACAAUGGAGACGCUGUCAUUGGGGAAGUUGCUACCAGCGACACACAGGACCUUGCGAUGCCUCUUCAAAAGGAUGGCCUCGAACCGGCAGUGGUCGUGGCGGCGGCCGAAAAAGUGUGGCAGGAUCUUGUGCAGUUGCUACGCGAGCCCAGCACUACUUCAGACAUGACGGCCAGUCUGUACCACAGCCUUGCACAAAUCCUACACCAUAUUCGUUCGUCCCCUGGGGCCCUAGGACAGGUGCGACAGGGACUCGUUGUUGCUGCCCAGCUAUCAGCCGGCAACCUCCUAGAUCCCUUCAGUUUUGCGCCAGCAACGGCUCAGGAAUGGCUUUUCCCCAACAUGUUGAUCGAACGCGGGGAACCGUUAAAAGGGUUCAUUGCAGCAGCAAUGGCAGAGGAGCAUCAUCUCCGUGCUCUGUUGAUGCUCCCGUGCCUCUUUACUUCCCAGGAGCUGAUACCGUGCGCACCGGAAGGUUCACUAGGCCCUGCCGAACGCCGCAUCGCCAAGAGCGGGGGUACUCCCUGCUGUGAGCUGCGGGCUCACUCCCGGCCUCCAUUGAUCAGCCCGAAGAUGCAGCGGCAAUGGAAGGUUCUAGGACUUAUGUGGCUGCUCUGCUCUCCGGUUCAGGCCGCUCAGGUGUGGCCGGUUAGACGCUUCGGCGAGCACACAGUCUAUGCAACCGGAUCAGUCCCAGACACCCGUGCGGUGAGUGAUCUUGCCCCGGCAAGCGUGGCUGGCACUCCCUGCAUGGUGCCGGCCCUUCAGCAGGCACCAACUGCUUUACGCGAUAUAGCUGUAUUUGCACCUCAGGCCGACACCUGCCCGGUAGUUUUGCAGGUCGAUGAGAGAGUGCACGGGGCGCUUUUGUUCCGUUGGAUCGGGGUUGCUCUGGGCUUCAGAACCGAUUACUGGCUCUUUCGCAGGCAAAUCGAGCUUUUGCCAUCAUUGCCCCCUGAGCAGUAUGUCGUGUCGGCAUGGAGCCAGGCAUGGCACCAGAUUUCAAUUCCGGUGACGGCCCAGGCGCAGGGAUGCAUGCUGCCCCAGUUGUCCCUGGAGGAUGUCUUUUCCGCUAGCCUGUCGCUUCCGUCAACUGACGAGUCUGCUUUCCACCAUGCCAGUGGGCACAAUGCUGUCAUUAUUACGCCUUUCCAGCUCCAAUAUGUGCACACCCCUCAUUUUGCUGCUGCCGAGGACAUUCGCAUCAGUGCACUUCAAGGGGUUCUUGGGUCCGUUAGCGAUGGGGUUCCCUUUCUUCGCAUUCUACCUCCGCUUGCGCACUUGCCUGCUGUGCAGUUUGUCACUUUGCCCUCCCGAGCCGCGAGGCAGCCUACGGUUCUUGACCUUAGGCCGGUCGGAGGUGGCAUCCAUGUUGUUGCUUGUGACAGCGGCGAUUCCCCGGAGGUCAGGUUGCGGACUGGCGUGGAUGCCUUUGGUGCGCCCCUUGUGGGAGAGGUUAUUCUCCGCGAACAGGACCAAGGCCGGCUCCUUUUCCUGCAUCAAGAACGCCAAGUCGCCCCUGAUAUGCCCUUACACGUCGAGGGAGCAGUUGCGCUUGUAGUGUUGCCGCUCAGCCCCGUCUCUGCCGAAUCAGAAGGUUCCGUACGCUCUGCAGGCCGCUUUGCUCAGGUCCCACAUGUUUUGGUUUUUGGGGGUGCCUUUCACUUAUGGACGGGGACGCAGGGCUGCUUGUCUCUUGCCUUUCUUGGGUGUUCUCACCAGACGCUCGCUAUGGCUUUGUCCUCCCUGGAGAAGGCUCAGCUCGGGAUCUCAGGCACAACCUCUUGCAUGUGGGAGGUCUUCGUGGACGACAGCUGCCAGUCCUUGUCCAGCCGGCUCUUCGCUGUCGUUGUGUCCAGUUUGUCGCUCCUGCUAGAGACCCAGCGCUGGUCACGCUUCUGA